AUGGCCUCUGCUCGCAUUGUCGCCUCGCGAAUCGCCUCCGUGGGCACCAAGGUCGCUCGACCUGCCAUGCGAGCUCCCUUGAGCGGCGUCGCUGCUACGCGAGCCAUCAGCACCGUCUCUCCCUUCCAGGCCGUCAAGCGCCAGCAGGUCUCCAAGAUCCUGAGCAUCACAACCCGCCAGGCCUUCCAACAGGUGCCCCGCCGAGCAUACUCGUCUGAGAUCGCCGAGGCCAUGGUCGAGGUGUCCAAGAACCUGGGUAUGGGUUCGGCUGCCAUCGGUCUGGCCGGCGCUGGUGUCGGUAUCGGUCUCGUCUUCGCCGCCCUCCUCAACGGCGUCGCCCGCAACCCCGCCCUCCGUGGCCAGCUCUUUUCUUACGCCAUUCUGGGUUUCGCCUUCGUCGAGGCCAUUGGUCUUUUCGACCUCAUGAUUGCCCUCAUGGCCAACAACUUUCCCUCCAUACUUACGGAGGCUGGGGUUCGCGCCACCGCUUGGGACGGUGCGGACGGACGGGCUGGAAAUGCGGAGGGCCGCAUGGCGGCAUUGCGCUGCUCCGCCGUGUCCAUUUAG